UCACUGAUGGGACUUCGACUUGGGUUGGGACUUGAAGAACACGCAAACGCAAACUCAGAUGCAUGGUGUAAUAUGUAAUCGAAAGAUUUAAUAGUUAACAUUUAAUAGUUUUACUCAUUGAACCUUUGAUUAAUCGAUUAAUCCUAGACACAUCACGUAGCAUUGACAUACAAGAAAUGGAAGUAACAUCUCCUACAGAGUCUUCUGGGCCAUUCUUGCAGUCCGAUGACAAGAAGCCCGAAGUUGUACAGAUGAAAAAACAGCUUGGUCUGUUGGAGGGGGUGGCCAUCAUUUUGGGCAUCAUUUUUGGUUCAGGUAUCUUCAUUUCACCCAAGGGAGUUAUUCAGGAAGUUGAGUCUGUCGGACUGUCCCUGGUUGUCUGGGCGAUGUGUGGCUUGUUGUCCAUGGUCGGAGCGUUAUGUUACGCUGAGCUCGGCACUUCCAUACCCAAGUCUGGCGGAGACUACGCUUACAUCUAUGAAGCCUUCGGGCCUCUGCCUGCCUUUCUGUACCUGUGGGACGCCAUGCUCAUCUUUGUUCCAACCACUAAUGCCAUUAUGGGUCUAACCUUUGCAAAGUAUGUGAUCCAGCCGUUCUUCCCGGAGUGUGAUCUACCAGACCUAUCUGUCAGAUGCAUAGCAGCUGUUGUUAUUUGUUUUUUCACUUUUCUGAAUUGCUAUGAUGUCAAAGGAACCACAAAGAUCCAAAACACAUUUAUGUUUGGGAAGAUCAUCGCUUUGAGUAUUAUAAUCCUGACUGGGGUUUUCCACAUGAUAUUUGUUGACAAAUUUGAAAAGUUUUCCGAGCCAUUUGAGGGUUCCAACACAGAAGGAGGAAAAGUUGCAGUUGCCUUUUAUGCUGGGAUAUUCUCCUAUUCUGGCUGGAACUAUCUGAAUUUCAUGACUGAGGAGCUUAAAAAUCCUUAUGUCAACUUGCCGAGAGCCAUAUACAUCUCGCUGCCUCUGGUGACGUUGAUCUACGUGUUGGCCAACGUAGCGUACCUCGCUGUGCUCUCUCCUGCUGAGAUAGUAGCUUCCAACGCAAUAGCUGUGACAUUUGGAGACAGAGUGCUAGGCUUCAUGUCAUGGACGAUGCCUCUAAUGGUGGCCAUGUCAGCUUUGGGAGGACUCAGUGUUCACAUAAUGACCUCCUCAAGGAUGUGUUUUGUAGGAGCGAGGUACGGCCAUUUCCCUGUCAUGUUGGCUCAGAUAAAUGUUUCCAAACUUACUCCAACACCUUCAUUGGUUUUCCUGAACAUCUUGUCUCUGAUGAUGCUAUGUACUAGUGACAUCUACGCACUCAUCACCUACUCCAGUUUUGUGGAGAGUUUCUUCAUUAUGUUGUCAGUCAGUGGAAUCCUGUGGUUAAGGUACAAGAGACCCAACAUUCCACGCCCCAUCAAGGUGUCUGUGUGGAUCCCGAUCUUCUUCAUCAUCAUUUGCCUGUUCCUAGUGUUCCUCCCUAUCUACUACAAGCCUCUAGAAGUAGCCGUCGCUGUUGCCAUCACUCUUACCGGAGUUCCGGCUUAUUUCAUCGGAGUCAGAUGGACCAACAAGCCUCAAUGGUUCCAUCAGGCACAUCAGUCCAUGACAUACUUUGUGCAAAAGUUGUUCAUGUCGGCCAAAGAACACGUGGAAGAAGACGAUGAUUAACCUCUGAGAGAGAAGCAGGGACGAGAGUUAGUGAGCUGAUAUUCGCUGGAUCUGCGACCACUCGUAACUUAACUCUAACUGUAACGUUCAUCUGUAAGGUAUUGUGAACGUAAAAUUAACUACAAUGUCAGUGUGUCGACCAAGCUGAAUCUCAAGUUAAUGAUAGUUUGGACCAGUAUUUAUUUUUCUACGCCAGCAUUUCGAAUGAAUCUAUUAUGUUGACUAUUUACAGUUUAUUAUUUACAGUAUGAGAAUGUCAUUGGUAUUGUUACAGCUUUAUUGACAGGUUUGGUCUAUGAAAGGACUUGCUUGUAGGAGUUUUCUUGCCAUUUUUCGUCUUUAAACAUUUUAUCCGAAUCACAAAAGAUUAACUGAUAGACUGCAGAUUGAUAAGCGUUUUCCAUUCUGAAAAUUAUUUAUUUUAUUUUACCCCAAACUAUCUGGAAUUGCAACCAAAUCUACCUCAAUUUCUUAUUGCAUCUUAAUUUUGUGAAAAUUUGUUUGCCUACGAGUGAUAAAAAGCUGCAUUUAAAUAAUUAUAAAAAAUCACAGUAAUUAAUACUAGUUGGAACCAUAAUUGAAAAAACCCCUAAAUGAACAUUGAGGAAAGACUCAAAUGGGUGAAAGGUAAAACAAUUGGAACUUUACCUAGCAUUUCUUUCUAGUUUAAGUACCAAUGUCAAUUUAUCUAAGAUGUUUUGCAGUCUUGGUUUAGGAAGAAAGCAGCAGCAACUUAUCUAAAAUUUGAAUCCAUAAAUGCGAGAGUAGGUUAUAAUUUAAUUAGUAUGUUGAGGGACGAAGUGUUACUUUACCACGGUAAAUUUGAUGAGCCACCCAAAAUUCCUAUAUAGAAUUAUCAAGUAUAAAUGGCAAGUACCUACUUAAGAAGAACACUGUGCUAGUAUUACAUAGUAUUUUAUAUCUUAGUUAAGAUUUUACCAGUUUUAAACUUUUAUUUAGUUUAAUUGUUUCAUCACCUUGAACUUAAAUGUAAGAUUAUACAAUUGCUUGUGAAAGAAAAGUAUACAGUAUAGGUGAGUAAUCAAGGAACUUCUGUUUGUUUUAUUACAAAUUUUUAAGAUUAUACAUUUUGAACAUUUAUGAGUAAUGUGUAAUUUAUUAAUAUUUUCAAGUAAGGACACUGAUUCAAUGCUAAAAACAUCACCUUUCCACUUGACCAAGAGAUCUCGUUCAAAUUCGAAUCUAGUCUUAACGUGUUAUUUAAUUUUAGAUUAUUUAUUAUUUAAAAUCAAAAAUAGCUUUAUGUUCGUUUUAAAUAUUUAAUAGCAAUAAAUUUAAGUGUCAAAAACUCAUUUAAGGAUUAGUGAUAUAAUUUGAGUGUGAUUAAAUUAAUUUGCACAAAGUUGUACAGCCUAUUGUCCAGUUCUUAGCCUAUUUAUACUUAGUAACCAGUGUUGUGAUGAUGUUAUUUACUAGAUACUUCAUGAUUUCGUUGUAAAAAAAUUUGGUAAAACUGAAUAUUAAAUGUGAAACCGGUGAUUUUUUUUUUACUGUUUAAAAUAUGUGGUGGUAUACAUUUUUUAGAAUUGAGAAGAACCUUGAAGGUCUACCCGGAACAAUCUUUUUUUACUUAACAUUUACUCUAUAAAUAUAAUAAAUUGAAAUGUUAUAUAGAUAGCUAUUUUAGACAAUGUUUCCAUUCAUACACUCGUUGUCUUCCAUGUUUUAUACUAAAUACAUGAACAAAGUUUAGAGGUUUCAUGUUCUUUUCUCCAUUACUCAGUAGCCUGUUGUAUUUUUUUAGCUAUUGACUAAAAUAAUUUCCACUUAUCAUUACUACAAAUGAUUUAAUUUUCAAGUAAAAUACUGGUUUAAUUUACAAAUAAUUCAUAUGUAACAGUUAUAGCAAAGAAUCCAAACCUAUCCACCUUAAGGGACAAACUUGAGUGACAUGACCCCAAAAAGAAAAAGAAGUUUAAUUCUUUCUCAAAACUUUUCUUACAGUAAGAACCUUUAUCCUAUUGGUCCACAUCUAGCCUUAAUUUAGUACUGUAUAACCCCGGUAAUUCCCAUAUGGGACUGGUACCAUUGUUGGAACAGUGAAAAAAGUCUAAUUAUCCGAAGAGCAUAUUAAAUUACCACAUUAAUUGAUAAACUGACAUUUAAUGAUCGCUUGUGAUCGCAAAAGACGAUGAUAAUGGUUCCAUGACCACAGGAGGCGUACGAUAUUUUGAUACAAUCGUGGGAGCUGAUGAUGUUUCCGUGAUUGGGGGAAAAGUUUGCCUGAACACGGGAGACGACGAUAAUUUUCCUUUUACCGCAGGAAAUAUUCAAGAGUAUGCCGUGAUUACAGAUAAAAAUUAUAAUUUUCCUGAUCGCAGGAAACAAUUAUGAUAUUUCCUUUACUGCAGGAGAUAUUUAGGAGUUUUCUGGGAUCGCAGAUGGUAUUGUCGGAUUAAAUUAGGAGUCGGACAAACCGAGGUUGGAUUAUUGGGGUUCUACUGUAUAGGAUGUAAAAGCUUCAAUGGAAGCAGGGUUACAUGCUUCUGAACAAGUCAUAAAUAAUUUAUUUUCUGAAUAGGUAACUACAGGAAUAACAUUUCAACAUAAACUAUCAUCAACAUAAACAUAACAAAUUGUUAGCCUAUACAUUUUACAUUUUUUUCUUUGUUCAGUUUUAAAAUUUAUACAGUUUGGUGGUAAAGAUCUGCCGUAUUGGAAUUUUCCAAAUUUCAAUGAAUAAAAUUAUAAAAUAGUACUUAACAUUGCCUCUGUGAUGAUAUUUAUUAACUAGUCAGAAAUUGUGUAUGUCUUAGCUUUUUAACAUGGCUGCUUCACAUAAAGUAUACAAUAAACAUUUCUUGCCAAUUACUGAAUUUUUAUAUAUGUCAGUAGUACUCUAUAGUUUUUGUAUGGUAAUUAAAUAAUUAAUUAGAAAUGAAACUAGCUUGCCGAUAAUUUACUUUAGCCAUCUCGAUCUUACUAUUUUUAGUCUCAAUUUAACUACCUUUCUUCCCUAGUGGAUUUAUGUAAAAACUAUUCUCAUGAAAUUCAAAGUAGAUGCAAAUUCAUACCUCUGAAUAAAUAUCAGCUUAAUACAAUUUUAUCUUUGUUUUAUAAAACAAUAUUAAGUUUAGAACGGAUAGUUCAGGGCUUACUAAACCACUUUUGAUCGAUAAUUGUCAACUUUUUCUCAUACACUACUUACAAAAAUGGACGUGUUGUAAAAAACCUAAAAAUAACCUAACUAUUCUACAAAAAAAGAAAAUAAACUGAAAACAAAGUAUCAUCCAGUUAUUCAACCAACAUAAAGAAACUUGCUACACCUUGUGUGGACGUGAAAUAUACCACAAUAAAAUAACAUUUAGAUAAUAUAAGUCUUAUACAAAUGUGUAUAAAGUAUUUUCUUACUAAAAGUAUUUUUUCCAAUUUGUUUAUGUUCCAAUAUUUUCAACCCCAGGAAUGUAUCUGAAAUGUGUUGUUGGGUGCGCCCCAGAUCUCUUGUACCCUUUCAGAUAGGGUUUCAUAAACUGAGCAGUUCAUAUUUAUCCUCAAGUAACUCUUUACUGAGACAACACUUGAAACUUCUCAAAUCAUUUGCAUUAAAAACACAGAUUUGAAUUAUUGAACUGAUAAGUUAGCCUGCAAAUUGUAGGAAAGCUGAUAUUUCUGGGAGAACCAGGUGUGCCAUAUGUGUUAAGGACGUUUUGCGUCAGGCGCAAAUAGUAUCAUCCCUAACAAGUUUUAUAAGUGUACAGUUGUAUGUAAUUGUUACAAACUAAUAAAAAAAAAACAUAGAUGGAAGUGUUUUACAUAAAUUUAUAGUAAUUAGAUGAUAGGAUCCUAUUAAAAUUUACCUCAACAUGUAAUUUCAAAUUAUUAAAAAAGUCAAAUCUCAGUGUAAUAUGUUAUAUUAAACCUGUACUUGUAUCAUGCAUGACAAUACAAAAUGUCAUUGGUGGCAAUAGUGAUAAUUUAUGGCCUAUAGCAAUGUUCUUGUAAAGCAUAUGUUUCUGUAUAUGAACACUUUGGACUGUAAAAGAAAGCCAACAAAUAAAAUUUUUGUAAUUUA